UAAAAUGGGUGUAUUGCAUAGUGACAAAAUGGAGAAGUUAUGCUCAACAUCACAAAGGAUAGGUGGAUAGAAGCAAUAUAAUUUUGCAGCGAAGAGAAACGUUCUAAAUUAACUUUGUUUAGUUGUUGUAUGUUGUAUAUUUUCUACAAUGCAUUUUAGUGUAAUAUAACAAUAACAAGUUUUUAAAUAACAUAUAUUUUAUACAAUUUUUAUGUUUGUAUCAUUAGGAGGGUACAUUACAUACUAUUUUUAAUUUUUUGUAACCUAUUUUAUUCUAUUUGUGUUCUUUGUAAUUUUAUUUUUGAAUUUUGUACACAAUGGUAGAAGAAGUAGUUAAUUCCACUAAUAAACCAAAGAACAAAACUGCUAGACCUCGUCCUGUUUAUUUAUGGAAUGUGUUAGAUGUACAAAAAUGGUUGAGGAGGCAUUGCAGUGAUUAUUAUCAAUUAUAUCAUGAAAAGUUUCUAUAUCACGAUAUCACUGGAAGGGUCUUGUUAAGAAUAAAUGAAAAUAUUUUAUUGAGACUUGGAAUUGAUAAUGAACAACAUAGAAUGGAUAUUUGGCGGGAAAUAAUGAAAUUGCAUCUUAAAACAGAUAUGUUAGAGAUUAAAGAUAUUGAACGACGUAAUAAUAUGAAUUUUGAUUAAUAUGCUGCAUGAGAUAGAAUUUUAUUUUUUAUAAUAACUUGCGAUAAAUGAUACUUUAUAUUUUUUAUUGAUAAUGUUACAAUAUUAGUAGUUUUUAAAUCAAAUGUAUUAAAUGAAUGUACUUUUAUAUAUAUUUAUAAUAAAGUAUUUGAUACCUUGGGUA